ACAAAUGUUGACCAACCAAGCCAAUUAUGAUGAAUUCGAUGCCACAACUCCACUGGCCCCCGAACACACUAUCUUCCAUCCCAGUAAUAGCAGCCAAAGUCGUCGACCUUGAAUGAUGACGACUGAGGUGGUAUGCAGGUUAGGUGCACAAUGGAGAACGAGAUCGAGAUACUUGAUGGGCCUGUGGUCGUUUCCUCCUCCUCCGAUGAGGUUCAGGAACAGGCUGCAACAGCUUUUGUGUACAGCACUAGACGGCAAAAAAACACGCUUUAGCGAGACCCCAACUCUGGGAGUUUCGCAGAGGAAGAAACACAGCAACCGUCCUCGGCAUGGAGGUAUCGGCUUAAAUAUGGCUUCACAGUUUGAGCAGAUCCAGCAACAGAUAGAGGAUUUAAAAGUUAUAGUUAUGAAACAGAGACAAUUCAACCAGGAUGUCCUCGCAAUGCUACACCAGGCCAUAGGUGGGAAGGACGGAUCGCUGAUUGUGGGGAGCAAUUCUCCGCAUGCAAUCCAGUCCAAGAACAGGGUUAAUACUACAGGAAAACACGCUGCAAAGAGAGAUCAGCCAAGUUUAAGAACAUACAAAUGGCAUAACACCAAGACUAAAAGCAACACGAAGGACGACCCUGAUUACUUUUCGCAUGCGAACCGUAUGAGCAACUCGGACGACGGAUCCUUUAAGUUCAGGCGCGGCAAUGCCAAAAUGAAUCCGUCCUCCAAGGCUGCACCAACGAAGUCUGGUCUUAGGGGGUGGCGUAAUCUGUUCCCGGCUUCGAUGAUUUCAACUGGAUGUGACAAACCCCACAGCUCGUAUGUCACCUAUAUGAUUGUGAAGAUUUCUCGGGCUCGAGCCCUUCAAUAGAAGUUCAUGCAAUUGAGGCACCUAGAUAGCAAUUUUAUGGCAGAGGAUGUUGGUAGUAAAAUUCCCAAGGGUAUGCCGGUCUCGUUUCAACCUACUCCGGACAUGGAGAUAAUGGAUUACACCUAGCUAUCGCAUCCUACAUCUUUAAUACUGCACUGGACCCAGAGGAGAUACUCGUUUCGAAUUUGCACUGUGCCAUGACGCGCAAGGCCCUAAAGACUUUAGAGCCAGGGAGGCAAGUAGUUGACGAUGUAUGUCACACAACUCUAACUAUCUAAAUUGAAUGCCGAUUAUCUUUUGAAGACCAGAUGCUUUCGUUCUAAUGUCCGUGUUCAGUUAUAUACAAGUACUGAUUCUGCGGGCAAGGAUGCUUGCCUUAGACCUCACAAGGCUGCAAUGAUACCUGCCGACGACCUUUACGAAAAUAGCUACGGGACGAGGUCCUAUACCGGAGGCAACAAUUUCUGCCAUAAGAAAGGACUUCAUGGGUUACGCCGAUGAAGUCCUAAAGGUAUGCACACAUACUUAUUAUGUUACACGAUGCUCCCACAUAUCCUUCGUUGAUAACUUAAUGCACAUUUUGUUUCCACUUAUAUGAGUUAGAUUUACUGCCCAAUGUGGUGCGACAACCACUGGUUUCUUGUUAUAGUCGACCUUGCACGAAAUCGAUUUGUUUAUCUUGACUCACUGAGGUCCCCAAUAGCCAGGUCAAAGAGACAUCGCCUGAGUAGGAGAUUGGCAAUCUUUCUGGAUGACCUUUUGGAUGACCGUGCUUGGCAUGCUAAUGAAGACACGGAUAAAAUUGAAUGCAGUGAGUUUGAGAUUACGGAGCCAAAUGUUACUCAACAACUUCCACAAAGCAAUGACUGUGGCGUGUUUGUAGCACAGUGGAUGAUCAUGUACCACUUAUUCUACGACUAUGAUGUUGAGACAUUUCAGUUGGUAACUGACUACAGUCGAAUGCGCCUUGCAAUUGACAUGGUACUAAAGUAUCACAACGACAACAGAAUGGAAACCAUUGAAGCAGCUCUGAGAUAUUGGAGGAGUUUCUCAGUCACUCCAUGAUAGCAAGCUAGGAGGCAUGAUUAGCCUAAGAUACCAGUUUUUUUGUUUAAGGCACACAACCAACUUGCACUACUAAGAAUUUUCUAAGAGCAUUAUUUUGUACAAUGAGGUGUAUCUCCAAUUUGGAGGUUAACACUGUUAUGUUUAUGAUGCCGAUUAUAUGAUGCUUAUUAUGUUAUUUAAAUUAUCUACAACUGGGUGAAAUGCAGAUAGAACAGACUAAGUUUUUAA